AUUAAAUGAUGAAUUAUUAAAUAUAUAUGAAAAACAAUUACAAUGUACAAAUCGUUUAUUAAAUUGUAUACAAAAUGAUUUAAAAUGUUGUCAUGAUGGUUUAACUUCACAACUUGGUGCAUAUAUAGAUACUUUAGAAAGUGAAUUACAAACCUGUAAUAAGUCUCUGAUGGAUUCAGCAAGAAUCCUUCAAGAGAUUAAUGAUGAUAUAAAAUUGAAGCGAAAAACUCAAACAAAUCAAAUACACUCUGAAAAUUCAGAGAAUAUCAAUGUUCUUGAGCAAGAUAAUAAUGAAAUAGUUUGGUUGAAAGUUUUACUAUCAACACAAAAAAACCGCUUAGAUACCUACAAUAAUGAAUUUGAAUUGAAUAAGAAUGAUUGGCUUAAACGUUAUCAAUUAUGGCAAUCAUUUAAUGAACGAUUAAGAGAUUUAAAAAUGACAACUAACCAUUUGCUGAAAUUACAAAACGAAGACAAUCAGAUAGAACUCUCCAAUAUUGAGAAUAAAAUUAAAGACACGUGUAUAGAAUUUGCCUCACUCCGACAACAUAGUUCCAAGUUGAUUAGUAUGAAUUCAACACGUAUCAAAGCACCUGUUAAACAAUAUUCAUUACCGUCUAGUACUGGGAUAUCUUCAAUAAUAACAAGUUCAACGUUUACGGGAGCAUUAGACUCAAUAGCAACAAGUUUAAAGAGUUCCAAUGAUGAAAAUGAACUAACAACAACAGAUGUUUACAAUAAAGAUAAACCACCAACAGUUCCACCUCGUCGGCAUAGUCUAUAUCGUGGACAUUCUAUUCAGUCAAUAGAACAUGAUCAUGAAUUCGUAAGAUAUGAAUUGAAUAGAUUAGAAAAUGAAUUACUUAGUUUGUGUCGUAAAUAUGGAACAUUGAACUACGUAACACAACCUUUGGCUGUUAAGAAAACCUCAAAUACAACAAUUUAUCCAGAGAAAUUAGUCAGUGAAUUAAAUCCAUCACAACAGAUCACUAAUAACAAACUAUCUAGUGAGAAUAACACUGACCAAAACAAUACGAAUAACAAACCUUUCAAUCAAGUCAAAGAGAUCCCAGUUAAUUUUGAACACUCAUCUACAUCAACAGUGACCAACGGCAAGGGGGUAAAUGACCAAACUGUCCAAUCAGAUGAUAUAAGAACAUGUUUAACUGGAUUAAAUGAAUCUAUUGAUUGGUUUAUUCAUGAGUCUUGUUUAGUUCCAGUAAAUAUCUCUGAAUAUAUGGAUAGUGGAAAGAAAUUAGAUGAUUACUUUAUGAACGAUCGUUUCUGGUGUAUAAAAUCACAAACUAAUCAAUCUUCGAAUAGUAAUGGUACAGAUAAUAAACGAAUUGAAGUCAAUAAUAAUUACGUACAAUUGAAAUUGAAAGAACUUCAUAAUAUUGAAUGGAAAUCAAUGGAUUGGAAGAAUUGUAUAGAAAUAUUUAAUGAUAAAUCCAAGGUAUUACUUAAAUCAAGUACAUUAUCAGAUCAUAGUACAGAACUGAGUAAAUUAGAAUUAGCAUGUUCUAAAUCUCAAACUAUUGUAAAUUUCGCUUUUAAUUCAUUACUAAAAUAUCGAGAAAUUCUACAUACAUUUAAAACAGAUUUAGCUAAAAUUGAAGGAUCUAUACGACAAAUCGAAUUAAUUAAAAAUUCAACUGAAGAUCCAGAUCAAAUUAUUCAAGAAUUAAGUAUAAGUAAAUGGUUAAAAAUUUUAUGUGAACAAAUGAAAUUUCAUCAAUCAAAACGUGAUGGACUUGCAACUAAUGAAUGUAUCAAAGAAUUAGAUCCUCAAUAUGGUAAAUUAGGUAUACAAUUAGUCUUACUUGGCAAUCUUUGGAACACUGCACAAAAUCAUUUAUGUGAGUUAAAUCAAAAGGUUUAUGAUUCAAUGGAAUUUACAUAUUCUGCAUCAAUUCAAAAUUAUGUUCAAGAUAUAUUAGACGAAUGGGAUCAUUUAAACAACACCUUACAAUUACCAUCAGCAUCAUCUGAAAUCAUCUCUACGACAAUACCGAUGACAGAAAAUAAAAGUUUUCUGAAUCAUAAACCAAUAUUAGAGAAUACAGUUGGAAGUCAAACAAUGAAAACUAUAAAUGGAUCUGUUUCUUCCUCAGCAUUAAUAACAAGUCAAAUGAAUGAAUGUUACGCGACUAAUGCUACAAAAACAAUAGAUACUUUGGAAUCACCACCAAUAACUGCAGUUAUUUCUAAUCCAUCUGAAACCACAUCUACAGUAUCAACUGUAGUAUGUCAUAAAUCUAUAUCACCUAUAUUGAACCGUAUGCGUAAUGAAAUACAACAAUUAACUCGUUGGUUAACUACAAUCAGAAAUAUACUUGAAACUAGUCAAGCAAAACUUGGUGAUCGAUUUGAUCAAGAUACUGAAAGUCGACAAUUACAACAAAUUAAACAAGCUAUAACUGAUGGGAUUUUGUCUGAAAAAUUGGUGGUCUAUCAUCCAGCUACUAUACAGCUUAAGAUAAAACAAUUUCUUACAGAAUUUAAAGCACGUAAACCUCAAAUAGAAAGAAUACAUUAUGAAAAAGAACGUUUAUUAUCUUGGACAACAAAAAAUCGUUCAGUUGAAGAAUUAACAACACAAAUUGAUCAACUACAAAAUCAAUGGGAUUCAGUUGAACAACAAAUGAUUGAACGUUCAGAAAAAUUAGAUCAAAUGUUAUCUGGUAUACAAACUUUAAAAGAAUUAGAACGUGAUGUUGAACGAGAAAUUAGCAAAACAGAAGCUGAUUUACAAAGUAUUGAUACAUCAAAGAAUCAAUCGAAUGAUCAAAGUUUAUCAACUUCUAGAAUUCUUGUUAUGACUCCAGAAACAUGUCGUAAACAUUUACAAGAACUGAUCGAUAGUUUGCCGCAAAGAUGUGCUAAGAUUAAAUUAUAUCAAAAAGAAUGUGAAGCAUUAAUUAAACAGUUCCCUACAGAGAAUACUAGUCGGAUACGUGCUGACAUGGAACAAACAAUAAAACGUUGGAAUGAACUAGAAAAAUCAAUUAAAAAAACUAAAACUCUCUAUCUUCAUGAACCAUUACCACAAGUAAAUGAUCAUUUUAAUGAACAACAAACUAAAUUAAAAGAUCGAAGAACAUCCAGUUCAGAUGGUAUACGUAAACCAACAUUAAAUGAACAAUUAGAAAUGAUAGAGAAUAAAUUUAAUCAAAUAUCCAAACUGGAAGCAGAAUUAAAUCAAUCUGGUUCAAAUAUGGAUAAUCAAUUAUUAACUGAAAAGAGAGCACAUCUUGUUACAGAAUCACAAACACUACAAGCAGAAAUUAAUAUGAUCGCCACACAAAUAGCCAGUAGUGCAAAAUCUUCAGCACAAGCAUUAAAUGUUUUGCCUAAUCAAGAAUUUUUCAGACGUUUACGUCAGUUAAGAGAUAAAAUUGCUAAUUUACGACGAACGAUGCAGUUGAAUUCUAACCAGUCACAUUUAUAUCUAACGAAAUUAAAAAAAUUAAAUGAUUGGUUAUCACAUAGAGAUGCUGCAUUUCAUGAAAUUCUUGUACCAAUUCAAGGAGAUAUGGGUAAUGUGAUCAGCUUGAGAGAAAAGUUAUUGGGUUUAUUUCAAGAACUUAAUACAAAUCGUUUACAAAUUGAAGAAAUUUUAUGCCAUCAUAAUACACAACAUGAUAAUAUAAAUCAAAAUAAAUUAAAUGUUUCAAAUGAACGUGAAACAGAAAUUGAUUCAGAUUUAUCUGAUUCAGGAUGUAAAAAUAAUAUAGAAGAUUGUAGCUUACGAACUAAUCGUCGUAUAACACGUCAUUUAUAUCAUUUAAAGAAAAAAUGGUUAAAUUUAAAUAAUAAUAUGUUAGAUUUUAAAUGUCAACUUGAUGGUAUAUGGGAGCGUCUAUCCAAUUUUAAUUCAUUGUUAAAUGAUGCUGUAGCUCAGGUGAAAAGUGCUGAAUCUGUAACAUUGAAAUGGAUCCCUAUAGAGUUUUUACCAAGUGAACAUAUAAAAACUGAAUUAGAUCAAACAAAGUCUUUUUAUGAAGCAUGUGAACCAUUGGCUCAUUCACUGGACAGCUUAGAACGACAAGUACUUCAAUUGCAAGAAAUACAAGUACAAAUCGAACCAAAAUUACGUGUGCAGUUAAAUUGUAUCAGAAAUGAGUUUGAAAGAAUACGUGUUAUUACACAAACUCGAAUUCACCAACUUAAUCAAAGUUUAUCAGCACUACAAAUGAUGCCACAAAGACCGAAAUAUCAAACUGUUACACGUAAUUCUUCUCAACGUACUCAAGGAUCGCGUCAUGAAGCUAUAGAACCAGUUGAUCAAACUAUCCCAGCGACUUCAGGACAAUCAAAAAAUGUUCCAUUACACGAUUCUGUUCGUUUACCAUGGGAAAGAUGUGUUCAUCCAUCUGGUACACAAGUUCCAUACUAUAAAAAUCAUGAAACGCAAGAAACUCAAUGGGACCAUCCAAUUUUAUGUGAUUUAAUGAAAUCUAUGAAACAAUUUAAUACUGUUCGUUUCUCUGAUUAUCGAACUGGUUUAAAACUGCGUCGUUUACAAAAAGAACUAUGUUUUGAUUCGAUAAGUAUCUCAUUUGUUGCCGAGAGUUUAAAACAUAUUGGCCAUUCACAAACAUUAAGUAAUCCUAUACUUGGUCAACAAACAACUGAUCCAUUUGAUCGUAUGAUAAGUGUACCUCAAAUUAUUGAUUAUUUACUACAAUUGUUUAAUCAUACAAGAACUUUGUACGGAUUAAAUAAUCAUGAUCAAAAAUCUACAACUGAUAGUUCUUAUGGACAUAAUUCUGGAGUUGAUGCAGAUAAUUUGAAAGUAAAUGAACCAUGUCUAAAUAAUAUUCAUGGUUCUAAUUCCAACUUAAAGGAUCAUAUUAAUGAACCCUAUUCAACACUGCCAGGUUCACGACCUUCCGAUUGUGAAUUAAAAUCAAGUACAAUUGAAUCACAAAAUCAUUCAAAAAAUUGUAUGGGAAGUUUUCUACGUUCAUCUUCAACAACACGUUCAAAUAAAUCAAUAUUAUUUUCUUCACCAUCAACUGAACCUGAAAACAGUAGAAAAUUGACUAAAACUCCUGUUCGGGAUCCAGGCUGUCAUACAAUAGAAAAUGAAAAUACAUUAAGUGAAGAUAAUCGAAGUUCUAGUCUACCUGUAUGCACAAUUAUGCAAGUUAACAAUUAUAAUAACAAUAAAGAUAUGAACAGUGUUAAUCGUGGUCGACGAAAUACAAUGAGACGUAGAAAGCAUUAUUUAAUUGGUUCAAUUAAACGUCCGGUGAAUGUAUGCGUUGAUCUUAUAUUGAAUUGGUUAUUAAAUGUUUAUGACCGAAUGCGAUGUGGUACCAUUCGUGUUCUGUCAUUCAAAGUAGCAUUGGCUUUAAUGUCAAUGGCAAAUUUAGAUGAGAAAUAUCGAUAUCUAUUCAGUCUGAUAUCUGAUCGUGAUGGUUGUGUAGAUGAGCAACGACUAGGUGCUCUACUAUAUGAAUGUGUACUUAUUCCACGUAAUCUUGGUGAAACUGGACAGUUUGGAAAUGAAGAUUUUAAUCAAUAUGUAAAAACGUGUUUCCAACAAGUCCUUGAAAUUUCAAAGCAUUCGGAUAAAAUAGAUGGAACUUUAACAUAUCAUUCUAAACCUACAGCAAGGAUUGUUCAUUUCUUGACAUGGCUUCGUUUAAAUCCACAAAUGUUGACGUGGUUGCCAUUAUUACAUCGUCUUGCUUUAUCUGAACAAGUAAUUCAUCACAUACGUUGCAGUGUAUGCCAUAAUCAACCUCUUAUUGGACUUCGAUAUCGUUGUCUACGUUGUCUAAAUUUUGACAUGUGUCAGCAAUGCUUUUUCGCUGGAAGAACAUCUCGGAAUCAUAAGCUUACGCAUCCAAUGCAAGAGUAUUGUAGUCAUUCUACAUCUACAGAUUCAUUUAAAGAUUUCACACGAAUUGUAAGAAAUCGUUUUCGAUCCAGAGAUCGUUUAAAUGACGAAAAUGAACGUCGUAAAAUUAAUAAUGCAAAUGGUCAAAAAGUCAGACGAUCCAGUACAAGUCGUACAAGAUGUAAACGUAAUAGUUUGAAUAGUUUUGAUGAAGAUAAACCUCGUCCAGCACCAACUUACAGUCAAGAUCCAUUCUCUGAUUUUGCAGAAUAUCAAAAUUUAGACACUCCGUUUGUUAAUGAUCAAAAAUGCCCAUAUCGAAAUUCGAUCUCGAAUACACAAUCACCUCAACAUUAUUUUCUAAACGAGACAAGUAAUAAUUACAACAACAAUGAUAAUAAUAAUCAACAUCCUAUUCCAAGUUGUAGACCAUUAUCAAAUGUAGCUAUGCCUUCAAAUCAAUAUUCAAUGCCACCGCGUGCAUCAUCUGAUACUCAAUCGUCAAUGUCUAGACAGAAAAAUAUCAAUACGAACUUAUUUACAACACCACCACCAUUAACAACAACAACUCCGUCACCGCAAACUUUACAAAUCAACUCAAGAUUGAAAGCUGACCUUGACUGUAGUUACAAGCAAACUAGUGAACGUGUAAAUAUUCAACAAUAUCAUGGCGAUAAUGAAGAACAUAAAUUAAUUGCACGUUAUAGUCAAGAAUUAAGACAAUAUAGCGAACCUGAAUUGCCUCAUUUGCAACAAACAUCAGUACUUCAAUCAAUGUCUUGUUCCACUGGUCCGAUGAUCAUGGAAAGAUCUACCAUAUCAGAUGGUAUUUCAACGAAUGUUCCAGGUAUGGAUGUUGAACAAACACAACCGUUUAUUAGUGGACAUCUUAGUUUGGACCGACGUCAAACCGAUCGAGGGGUAAAUUUCCCACCAUUAGGUUUUGGAAAUCCCGCACUACGUGGAUCUUUUUCUGGAUGGACGCCACGUGCUUUAAAUGGUACUUUACGCAUUGACAAUCAAUAUGGCCCGAUUGGUCAUUUACCUCAAACAUCCUAUCAGACUUCUAUGGGUCAAGACGUUAAUCCAGAUAUAUAUGCACGUCAUAUUCAACGUACAUUUUCACUAAGAGCUAGAUCACAACCUCCACCGGAGAUUCAAGAAACAAUGUGGAAACCUAUCGGUAGCACAAAUAUACUUUCUCGUCCCCAAACCUAUCUUACAAACUAUCCAAUCCAACAAUUACAACAACAGCCCUAUGGACAAAUGCAACAGACUGUUCGAUCACUUGAAGAUGAACAUCGUGCGUUACAGUAUGAAUAUGAUCGUUUAAGACAAAGAUCUACAACUCCAACCAAUAUAUCAGGAUCGUAUGGUACAAUGAAUAGAAUACAAUAUUCACAACAACGAGUCAAUGCUAGAAUACCUCAUCCAAAUCCUUUAUUGUAUCCUCAACCAUUCCAGUCAACAGAAACAGGUCGUGUAUAUAGUAUACAACGAACUAUAACUCCAACUAAUUCACCGUGUAGAACAUUAUCGAUUAAUAGUGGCCACUUUUUUUCAAGUCCAUUGGAUUCAGGCAUUCUACCUUUAUCAGCACAAAAUUUGCCUGGACGGGCUAAUAGUUCUUCUCUUGACCUUGGAUAUACUACUACUGACCAGUAUACUACAGAUUCGACAUCAGCACCAUACAAAUAUCAAGGACAUAUGAAUGAAGCAAUAUUGGUUGGUGGUGUAGCCAAUGAACCACAUCAAGAAUCCCGAUUAUUAUGGGAACAUAAAGGACGUCUUGAAGCUAGAAUGGUAAUGCUUGAAGAACAUAAUCGACAACUGGAACAACAGUUACAACGUCUUCGACAAUACCUUGUAAGUGGAAAUUCUGCACCUGAUCCCAUUCCAUUACAUAAUACAAAUUCUACAGGAGAAUCUGUUCAUGGGGGAAUCGGCAAUCAAAAUAACGUAAGCAUACGUCAGCGUUCAUCAUCCGGUGGUGUUAAUAAAAACAAUUCCAAAAAUUGUUCAGAAAGUGUUGGUCAAUUAACUGGAACACCUAUGGAAUCAAACCAACAGUAUAAUUCUAACAGACAAAUAGCACAAAGAUCUUAUUCAGAAAGAUCUCCAGAGAAUAUUAAACAUCCACUUCCACAUCGUAUAACUGACGAUAUCAUCACUGAUAUUUCACAACGUAAACCUGAGUUAAGACUAUAGAUAUGUAAACAACAAGAAAAUCAAUCGAAAAGUUAAUGGGAGAAGGGGGUAAAAUAUACAGAAAUCUAAACAACGGUUGUGCUUAUUUAUUUAUUUCUAAAAUAAAAAAACUCUUCACUUUUAAUUUUUUUUUGAUGCCUACAUGAAUUUACCAAAUUUAUAUAUUAACGAUAGAACGAUCCGGUUCUUCACCUAGUUAGUCAAUAUGGUAAUCAUCCAUUCUUUUUUUCUUGGUUGGUACAUAUAUCAGUGAUGAGUAAACAAUCGAAAUUCUCAUACAAUUCAGUCCCUUUAAAUCUCCCGCCAGAGCUUCCAAUUUUAUAUAUCUACUAAAGUUCACAAACAUUCAUUAGUAUAUAUAUAUACAUAUACAAUCACACACUUGAUUCCUUCUCUCUUUUUCACAGAUACAUACAUCAAUAGUUGAUAUCUACGUGUAGAUAUCACUUUGGUGAAUAUAUACUUAAAACAAAAAGGAGACAUAUGUCAAAUCCAACUAUUCCAUCGCACUAGUUAAUUUUGCUGCUUUCUCUCCUUUUUAUUGUACUGCUGAUUGUAUUUUUUAAUAAAAAUGUAUUAUUUACUUCAUCAUUAUUAUUCUUCUUUACAUAUACACUAAUAAACUAGCUAAUAAUUCUACGUUUACUAUGAUUAAUUGGUUUUUAUCAUUAUUCUUAUUAUAUCAUUUAUUGAAUUAAUUAAUUCCUGUUAACUACCUUUAUUAUUAUAAAUAUUGAAGCCAUUAAAAUUGUAGUAUACAUAUAUAUACACAUAAAGAAAGAAAGUGUUACAUCUCGACGACACCGACAACAAUAACGAAAACUGCUGCUAAAUAAUCAAAUUUCUUCUUUCUUUGUUUGUUUUUUUUCAAAAGUUAAAAUCAACGAAAUUUAUUUAAAAAAAACAACCUGUAACAGUUGAACUUCAGUGAAUAUAAAAAUAAACAAAAUUGUAUGGAA